ACUGACUGAGGGCUCCGGCGGCUGCAGCGGGGGGCCCCUGGAGCAGCCAUGGGGGAGGCCGAGAAGUUCUAUUACGUGUAUAGCUGCGACCUGGACAUCAACGUGCAGCUGAAGAUAGGAAGUCUGGAAGGGAAAAGAGAACAGAAGAGUUACAAAGCUGUUUUGGAAGACCCUAUGCUGAAGUUCUCGGGAUUAUACCAGGAGACCUGUUCUGACUUGUAUGUAACUUGCCAAGUGUUUGCAGAAGGGAAACCUCUUGCUCUUCCAGUUAGGACUUCCUACAAAGCUUUUAGCACUAGAUGGAAUUGGAAUGAAUGGCUAAAAUUGCCUGUGAAGUAUCCUGACUUGCCCCGCAAUGCACAAGUGGCUCUGACAAUUUGGGAUGUGUAUGGGCCAGGUAAAGCAGUUCCAGUAGGGGGAACAACAGUCUCGCUCUUUGGAAAAUAUGGUAUGUUUCGUCAAGGAAUGCAUGACUUGAAAGUCUGGCCCAAUGUAGAAGCUGAUGGCUCAGAGCCCACCAAAACUCCCGGGAGGACCAGCAGCACUCUCUCAGAAGAUCAGAUGAGCCGAUUGGCUAAGCUCACCAAAUCUCAUCGACAAGGUCACAUGGUGAAAGUAGACUGGCUGGACAGACUGACCUUUAGAGAAAUAGAAAUGAUCAAUGAGAGUGAAAAACGAAGUUCUAAUUUUAUGUACUUGAUGAUUGAGUUUCGGUGUGUCAAGUGUGAUGAUAAAGAAUAUGGAAUAGUUUACUAUGAAAAGGAUGGUGAUGAGUCAUCUCCAAUUUUAACAAGCUCUGAGAUUGUUAAGGUUCCAGAUCCCCAGCUGUCUAUGGAGAAUUUAGUAGAGAGCAAACAUCACAAACUUGCUCGAAGUUUAAGAAGUGGGCCCUCUGAUCAUGAUCUCAAGCCUAAUGCAGCUACUCGAGAUCAGCUUAAUAUCAUAGUGAGUUAUCCACCAACAAAGCAACUGACAUAUGAGGAACAGGAUCUAGUUUGGAAGUUCAGAUACUAUCUUACUAAUCAAGAAAAGGCUUUGACAAAGUUCUUGAAAUGUGUCAACUGGGACCUACCCCAGGAGGCAAAGCAGGCACUGGAGCUACUGGGGAAAUGGAAGCCAAUGGAUGUAGAAGAUUCUCUGGAACUGUUAUCAUCUCAUUUCACCAAUCCAACAGUACGGCGGUAUGCUGUUGCCAGGUUGCAACAGGCAGAUGAUGAGGAUUUGUUGAUGUACCUGUUGCAGUUGGUCCAGGCCUUGAAAUAUGAAAAUUUUGAUGACAUAAAGAAUGGAUUAGAGCCAAAUAAGAGGGACAGUCAGGGUUCAAUGUCCGAGAGUAUGGCAGCAUCAGGAACAAAUGCUGCAGAAAUAGACAGUUCCCAGAUCAUAGCGAGUCCCCUUCCUCCUGUAUCCUCCCCACCUCCUACUUCUAAAACAAAGGAGUCUGCAGAGAGUGAAAACCUUGAACAAGACCUUUGCACUUUUUUGAUAUCCCGAGCCUGCAAGAAUUCCACACUGGCUAACUACUUAUACUGGUAUGUAAUAGUGGAAUGUGAAGACCAAGACACUCAGCAGAGGGAUCCAAAGACUCAUGAAAUGUACCUAAAUGUGAUGAGGCGGUUUAGUCAGGCUCUAUUAAAGGGCGAUAAGUCUGUCAGGGUUAUGCGUUCUUUGCUGGCAGCGCAGCAGACAUUUGUAGAUCGACUGGUUCAUCUAAUGAAGGCAGUGCAGCGUGAAAGUGGGAAUCGUAAAAAAAAGAAUGAGAGGCUACAGGCAUUACUUGCAGACAAUGAGAAGAUGAAUUUAUCAGAUGUGGAACUUAUUCCACUUCCGUUAGAGCCUCAGGUGAAAAUCAGAGGAAUAAUCCCGGAGACAGCUACACUGUUUAAGAGUGCCCUAAUGCCUGCCCAGUUAUUCUUCAAGACAGAAGAUGGAGGCAAAUAUCCUGUAAUAUUUAAACAUGGUGAUGAUUUACGUCAAGAUCAACUUAUUCUUCAAAUUAUUUCACUCAUGGACAAGCUGUUACGUAAGGAGAAUCUGGAUUUGAAGCUGACACCAUAUAAGGUGCUGGCUACUAGUACAAAGCAUGGUUUCAUGCAGUUUAUUCAGUCAGUCCCGGUUGCUGAAGUUCUUGCUACUGAAGAAAGUAUACAGAAUUUCUUCAGAAAACAUGCACCAAGUGAGACUGGUCCUAAUGGGAUAAGUGCAGAGGUGAUGGACACUUAUGUUAAAAGCUGUGCUGGUUAUUGUGUUAUUACCUAUAUCCUUGGAGUUGGAGACAGGCAUCUGGAUAAUCUCUUGCUAACAAAAACAGGUAAACUGUUUCACAUCGAUUUUGGUUACAUUCUGGGUCGUGAUCCUAAGCCUCUACCUCCCCCAAUGAAGCUGAAUAAGGAAAUGGUGGAAGGUAUGGGAGGCACUCAGAGUGAGCAGUACCAGGAGUUCCGUAAACAGUGUUAUACAGCUUUUCUACAUCUCCGCAGGUAUUCCAACUUGAUCUUGAACUUGUUCUCCCUCAUGGUGGAUGCAAACAUUCCAGAUAUUGCUCUUGAACCCGACAAAACUGUGAAAAAGGUGCAGGACAAGUUCCGUUUGGACCUCUCUGACGAAGAAGCUGUACAUUACAUGCAGAGUCUAAUUGAUGAAAGUGUCCACGCUCUCUUUGCAGCUGUAGUAGAACAAAUACACAAGUUUGCUCAGUAUUGGAGAAAAUAAACCCAUCAGCUGCUUUUGUUGAAAAUGGAAAUAUCAGCUAGUGCUCGACAAAGAGACUUU